GUAUUUAACCCAUCUACUAAAAAGUGUAUUAUUAGCAGCUGGUACUUUUUGCUGCGAUAUUAUUAUGGCAGGAAUCAGAAUCACUUCUUAUCUUGUGUUCCGUUUAGAGAGAGAGAGAAGAGAGAGAGAGAGAGAGAGAGAGAGAGAGAGAGAGGAUGGCAUAAUUAAGCAAAAGUGAGAAAUGUCGAGGGUGUAUGAUAACUGGGAGAAGCUGGUCGGAGCCGUUCUGAAGAGACAACUGCUUAGGGAAAUUGCGCUGUGUGAAAGCUUCAACAGCUCCACUACAUCUGAUUUCAGUCUCGAUUCUUCCUUUCAAGAUGUCGUUGCUUCUUCUAGUACAAAUCAAUCUCAACGUGAUGCACAGCCCAUACCGUUUCAAGACUUGAAAAAGGCAACGAAAAACUUCCGAUUCGAUUUCCAUUUAGGGGAAGAAGGAAUCGGUACCGUUUAUAAGGGGUGGCUUAACGAGCACACUCUUACUGCCACAAAGCCUGGAACUGGAAUGGCAGUUGCUGUUAAAAGAUUUAAUCCAUCGAGUAGCCAUGAGUGGUUGGAACGUAAUUAUUUGAAUCAAUUUCGUCAUCCGAAUUUGGUUAAGCUUAUCGGGUAUUGCUCGGAGGGAGACAACCUUCUUCUGGUAUACGAGUUGAUGUCGAAAGGGAGCUUAGAGAAUCACUUGUUCCGAAGAGGGAAUCUUUCGCUUCCUUGGGCUACAAGGAUCAAAGUGGCUAAAGGUGCAGCUAGAGGCCUCUCUUUUUUGCAUGGCUUGGAAAUACCCAUCAUACAUCGAGAUUUUAAGACUUCUAAAAUUCUUCUAGAUGGGGAAUUUAAUGCCAAGUUGUGUGGGUUCGAUUUGGCGAGGGAUGGUCCAACUGGUGAUAUGACUCAUGUGACGACACGAGUUCUUGGUACAUACGGCUAUGCUGCUCCUGAAUAUCUUAUGACAGGUCACUUAACGGUAAAAUGCGACGUAUUCAGCUUCGGGGUUGUAUUGUUAGAAUUCCUAUGUGGACGCCGUGCCAUAGAAAAAACGAAGGUGGUAAACGAGAAAGAUUUAGUGGAAUGGGCAAAACCGUAUAUAGUUAACAAGAGAAUGAUUUUUCGAGUAGUGGAUUCGGAUUUGAAGGGCCAAUACUCGGAGGAUGAAGCAUGUAUUAUCGCAAUCCUUGCUUUGCAGUGCCUAAAUGAAGACCCGGAACAAAGACCAACUAUGGAUGAGGUUGUCAUUGCUUUAGACCAACUCUCAUGUACAUAAACUAACAUGUAAUAAUUUUGAAUUAGGUUUGUGCUGAAUAUAUGUCCUGUUUGUUUGCCCUGAAAUGAAAAGCAUGGUUACUAAAACUUGAUUUUUCGGCGAAA